AUGAAUGCAAAGCAGGCCUUCGUGCAAGAUGCUCCGAAGACAUACACUGAUAAGAACGCUGCUAGUUCCCAAGAGCAGGAAGCCAAAGUUCGAACUCACCUUACGGACCUCAACAAUGUUCCCCUAAUCUGCGGCACCUCCUAUGUGAAAUGGCACCUCCCGUCCUCCUCGUCCGCCGAACACCGAGGCCACACCUCCAAAGCGCUGAUCCGUGACCACAAAGCCGUGUAUGACUACCACAAAGUCCUACCUGUCCGGUUGACCAUCGAUAAGCAUUUCAUGCUGCACGAAUGCGACGUUCAUUUCGAGGUAUUACAGGAGUAUAGUGAGGGAGGAAGAGGGGGGAGGGUGUUGUUAGGGAGCGUAAGGAUCAACCUGGCGGAGUACGUGGAUGAUAGCAGUGUCAGAGGACGAGGAAGGAAAAGCGAAGACGGCGUAGGCGGAGAUGGGGGUGGAGAGAUUGUGAGAAGAUAUCUCAUGCAGGAAAGCAAGAUUAACAGUACACUGAAGAUUGGCAUCAAGAUGUCGCAGUUGGAGGGGGAGACGAAUUUCACGGCGCCGACGUUGAAGACGGCGAGGGUGUUUGGGGGCAUUGCUGGCGUCAUGUCGACGGAAGUGGGCGAUGGUGGUGUUGAUGACGCGGGUGGACAUAUGCCAAGCAUCACGAGCAAGACGAGGGAGACGUCUGAACUGCAGGAUAUGUAUCGACGAACUUUAGCCGCGAGCUGGUCGUGUGGGUCUGAUGAGCUGCCGCCGGACAAGCUGAUUGAGGAUCUCUUUGCGGGUGGGGAUGGUGGCACAAUGAAACCGCCACCACCGGUUGUCAAGUCCCGAUUCAGUAGUCCUUCUUCGAACCAAGGGAGUCCCAGGCAGGAUGAUGAGAAUGGCGGAGACAGCGCAAAUGUGAGCGAGUCCGAUUCGAAGCGGACCGUUAGAAACCAAUUCCUGACCCCUGACAUGGCAAGGAGAAAGCCAGAGUAUGGCAAGACAGACGGCAGUAACGGGGGAUGGAAGUCAUCAAGAAGUGUGAGCAAUGCUGCUGGGGCCAGUCCGACCCUAUCGACACUGUCCGGAAUUAGCGGCAGAGAGAGCAUUGAGCAGCAGAUGCAUCUUGGUAAUAAAGACAGGAGAAGGAAAGGCCAAAGAAGUACCAGAGAGGUAUCUGAGUUCGACAUCCGGGAAGACCUUAGGAGCUGGAAGAUUGAGGCAAGAUGA